UCCCUCCUGUUUGAACGCCAGAGCCUUGACAGCUCCACACACAGCAGAAUGAAUUGCCUUCCCAUACUAGUCUGCCUAUCACUGGCAGUGAUGGUGAGUUGCGAAUAUCUCUCCAUUAAGUAUCAGACAGAGAAUUAUGAAAGUGCUUUAAAGGCUGAAAGUCAAUCUACACUGCGACACUUCAGGCCCCGCUACAGCUACGUCGACUACUCGGGAGACUGCUGCCGUAACGGUAACAACAACUGUGGAUGGGCUCGAUAUUAUGCUUCCUCCUACUAUGGAUCCCGUUACUCCAGGAGAGGCUGCUACUAUUAUAAACCACAAAGCUCUGUAGUAUACUGCGGAUGUGUGGGACAACAACAAUGUUCUCCAACAACUGUUGCCGCUACAACCACUACUACAACAGCUGCUCCCACUACUACAACAGCUGCUCCAACUACUACAACAGCUGCACCCACUACCACUACCACUACCACUACCACUACCACUACCACUACCACAACUACUACUGCAGCUCCAACAACAACAGCCACAACACGAUUUUGUCCAGCUGAGGCCUCAACCGCCCCAACCGCCACCACGAGGCUACUGAACGGCCUUGCUAUCGCUGGAUGCGAUGAGUUCCCAGGGCUUGUGGCCAUCCAAAUCGGUGGAGCAACUGUAUGCACUGGAGUCGUCACCAGUGGCACGACCCUGUCUAUACCCAGCAACUGUGCUGCUUUUGCAAACGGAGCAGAUGUUGUGGCUCAGGAUGGAACCGUUAUCGCAACAGGCAUCACAGCAACCGCAGGAGGAGUAGGUGGCCCUGUUGAAGUGACCUUACCUACAGCAGUGACGUCAAACAGCUGCCCCGGCAUCGCCUGUGUCUAUUCCAGCACUAUGGCAAGCGACAUCCUCCUGGAUACCUGCAAGGUUGCUGCUGCAGGAUUCUCUGAUAAUGCCGGUACUUCAACUCCUGCCUUCGAGUACCUGGAUAUCCCCAGUCUGCAGCCAACCGACACGUGUCAAGCACUUCUUUCAGCCAGCCCCACUUCCGCUGUCUUUGACUUCACGAACACUGCCAUCACAUAUAACUGCUUCAUCAGUCCCAGUGGCUCUACAUGUGCGGGCGACUUCGGUGGACCAAUAUCUUGCAGCCUAACGACUGGAGAACAGGUGGUUAUUGGGCAGAUCGAGAAUGGUGACUGCACGGCCGGUUCUGCUGUAGGAUUCUACAACCUUGAAGCAGCGAGUGUUCGUGUGCUUGCAACAAGAAAGGACCAAAUCCAGCUCGGAUAAAAAUAUUGUUUUAUCAAUUUGUCUGGUAUUCCAUGUUGAAUAAACAGCUGAACAUUUA